AGCGCUUUUGGCUUGGCGUUUUUUUGCCAUUCAAAAAAAAGGAUAGUAAAAACAAAGCAUAAAAUGGAUGAAAAGUUCCAACAAAUCUUAAAAAUUAAACCUUUGCAAGAAACAGUUGCCGCUUAUCGUAACUCCACGGCGGAUUAUUAUCGUAAAAUAGUGAAAAGAACUUGUAUGGCGGAAUUAAAAAAUCUGGUCAAUGUGGAAAUGACCGUUGAACAGGUGGAGCCUAAACUGCCCAGCAAGGAACUGAUACCGGCAAUACCUUCUGCAGCAGAGUUGAGUAGAACAAAGGUUGAUUCACUUCUCAAGGAAUGCCAAUUUGUCGAAGAAGGCAUGCGCUUGUUGAAAUAAAAAAACGUUGAUAUGCUCAAGCUUCUUUAAGCAUAACUUGGUUAAGACUUUUGUAAAUUAGGCUUAGACAGUCACAAGUUGGUUUAAAAAUCUGAAAGUGGUAAACACAGAUUACGUAUUUAAAACCAAUCAUAGCUUACUUAAAUAGUUUCUUUUUCUCAUAAAAAUUUUACCUUGAACACGGGAAUUAUUGGUUUCUUUUGAAAAAGUUUGCCCUUAGUUCUUAUAAUUAACAGAUAACGAAAAUCAAACUAAACACAAAAAUAUAUACAUAUUUAUUACUUCAAUAAAUUUUAGAAUAUUUUUAUAACUUA